UUUUGGUGAAGGAGCUACACUGAACCAUAAAAACACUCUAACUGGAGUGUACAAAAGUUAUCUGCCCAAGCUUGUUUAUAGCCGUGUGUGGAUAUACUGUAAUUAAACAACGGAAGAGCUGACAUAGAUGAUGAAUAAACGAUUUAUUUUUUUAUAUAUCACUCUAGCAGUGUUUUCCCAAUGCCUGCCAGGCAUGACUGCCGAAGAAAAGCUAAAUAUUGGAGUUAAGAAAAGAGUGAAAGAUUGUAAAGUGAAGUCAAAACAUGGCGACAAGUUGCACAUGCAUUACACGGGGACAUUAAAAGAUGGCACAGAAUUUGACAGUAGUAUUCCUCGUGGAGAACCAUUUGUGUUCACUUUAGGAACUGGACAAGUUAUUAAAGGUUGGGAUCAAGGUCUUUUAAACAUGUGUGAAGGAGAAAAACGAAAACUAGUUAUCCCCUCCAGUCUAGGUUAUGGUGACUCUGGGGCACCACCAAAGAUCCCAGGUGGAGCAACACUGGUCUUUGAAGUUGAAUUGUUAAAGAUUGAAAGAGAAGAUCGAAAUGACCUUUAGGAGACAUGAAUUUUUGUAGUCUCUAAAAAUCAUUCUACAUAUAAAUUGUUUCAAUUGUAACACUUAAGUUCAAUAAACUUUUUUAAUUGCCAACGUAAAA